AUGCGCUCCCAUCUGAUGAAGGCGCCACUACGGCAGCGCCUGGCGCCGCCGCGACGCAACGUACAGCACCAGUUGAGGGCAUACUCGUCAACUCCGCCCAAGCCCCCCGUCAAGGCGCCGCAAUCGAGCACGAGCACAGCAGCCGCAAGCGCGGGCGCCGACGCAGCAGCCAAGGGCGCCGCGCCGACCUCGAUAUGGAUGCGUAUGGGACCUCUGACCCAGGUCGCUUCCGCCUUUGGGCGCGCUCAGAAGAAGCGGCCAUACGUUGUGCAGACCGUGAGCGCAAUGGUCAUUUUCAUAGCCGCCGACGUCAGUGCUCAAAAUAUCAGCGGCUCUGAAUACGACCCUGUCCGCACCACGCGGACUACAUUCAUCGGUGCUCUUUUUGCCAUUCCGCAAUAUCGCUGGUUCUUUGUGCUGGCUCGCUACUUCAACUACAAGUCCAAGGCGCUGUCCAUUGCCGCCAAGGUCGUCUUCAACCAGCUCACCUUUGCCGUCGCGUUCCCAACGUACUUUUUCGGCAUGCAGGCCCUGCUGUCCGGCGAGAGCCUCGCGGGCACCAUCCAGCGCCUGCAGGACACCGUUCCGCGCAGCUGGCAAAACUCGUGGAAGGUCUGGCCCGCCGCCAUGACGUUCAACCUCGCGCUCGUUCCGCUCGAGUACCGCGCGCUGUUCAGCGGCAUCAUCGCCAUUGGCUGGCAGACCUACCUGAGCUGGAUGAACCGCCAGGCCGAGCUCAAAGAGGCAGCAGAAUACGAGAACGUUCAAGAAAAGGAGAUUCAAGUGGCACCGGUUGCAGCUGCCAUGACAGCCUAG